GAAGUUUUCGCGAAAGUGUUGGCGCAGCAGGUUUUCUGCCUGGAGGAUCAACAGGUUUAGAAGGAGCCUCUGCCUGGAAGGUUUAGCCUACAUGAAAAUUUAGCUAGAAAAUUGGAAUUCAAAAGGGAAUCUAGGAGGUGAAAUGUCUCAGAAUAUUAGCGUAAAUAAGUUUCCACUUUCAAAACUUCGAUUGACAAACAAUUUGCUUCCAAUUCGAUCAUUUUAAUGGCUUUUAUCGGUUUACGGUGUGCGAUGCUCAAAAUGAACACAAUCCAUACAAAAAAAAAAUUUCUGAGAUCUAAUCGAAACUAGACAAGUGCUUCUUUCAAACAACAAGACGCUGGUGUGGGCUCAUAAUGGCUGGUGACAUGAUAUCGUUGGAAAAUCCACCAUGUGAAGGCGUUCAAGAGCUCACAAUAGAUGAGUUGACUUCACUUAGAAGAUUUUUCAUAGCUCAAAAGUCUGUUCAAGUUGAUCAUUAUGAUGACUUUUUAAUCAAGACAUUUCCGUUAUUGAUACGAUCUUUGAAAAGCGCUACAGGUGUUGGAAACUAUAGAAUUACAUGCACUGAUACAAUUGCAAUUUGGCUUCUCAGGGCAUCUCAACUGUGCUCAAAAUGUCCAAAAUUUGAGAAAACCAUUGGUGAUAUGAUAUUUGCAAACGAUGAUUCAACUUUUCUUUUCCGUUAUGUUGUUGAUUACUGUAAUGAAACUGGAGCUCCAUUAUCAAACUCACUGAGAGAUGUUUUCACAAAGCUUUUAACAUUGUUGAAGCGCUAUAAUCCUCAAGAGUUGUUCAGAAGUUGGGCGGAUGAAACCUUGGGAAUAUCACAUGGAAGAAGAGUUCAAUAUUAUUUGGUUGAGCUGCUAUGCAAAGAAAUUGAACAAAAUGACUACUUUAUAAUCAAGGACCCAAGUUUCGUUAGUGACACCAUCCAAUUAAUGUCAUCAAAUGCUCUGGCGAAUCCAAUAGGAAAAGCUGUAAGUGCAAUUUACAAGAAACUAUACACAGAUGAGGACCACGCAGAGGAAUGGGUUUCACUAUAUUGGUCGCCAAUAAAGCAGGGAAUUAAAAAUCCUGCACUUAGAAGAGGUAUCGAGCAAUAUAUUUUGCCAAAUCUUUUUAAAUUUUCUAAAACUGCUUUCAAGGUGUUUGUUAAUGACCUACAAGAUGAUAUUGAUUUAUUCAUCACCUGUUUAAACAUUGGCCAAACUCUGGCCAUCGAAGAGGAUCCUUUCCCAAAUCUAGUUUCUUUAGAUGUUGUCAAUAAACUUUUGGUUAAUGAUGCUUAUAAAAUAAAAAUAUUUCAAAUGUUGACAUAUUCACCAAAAGGUUCAAGACCUAUCAGUUCAGAAGUCUUUGAUAUUAUGAGAAACAAUUUGGAUGUUUAUUUCACUGACUGUGAAGUGGAAACUCGAAAUGAAUUUCAUAGUUUGUUCAAGCAAUUCAUCUUUAGAAUAAAAGAUUCAGCUUAUGCUCUCCAUAGGGAUGCAACCAAACUAGAAAAGAAAUCAAUGUUGAAGGAAGCUCAAUUGAAAUUUGAACAAGUUAAUAUUAUAAAAUCGUUUUUGAAAUGGUUAUUGUCUUUCAUAAAAGAGCAGAUAAAACCUGGAGCUCAGUAUCAGAGAGUAAGUACAGGGUUCAAAAUUUUACAGUUUUUAGCCGAUACAGGGUUGGAUUCCAAAAUAUCGGUGAAAUUAGACAUUUACUAUCCAUUCAAUAUUGAAAUGUUUGAUGAAUCAUUUAUUAGGUUGUUCUUUGAUAAUAUAUUGAGUACCUAUGAAGACACUAGAAUGAAUGCUGUCUCAUUACUUGUCCUUUCCAAAAUAACUUUAGAUGAGAAGCAUAAAUGCAUUUUGAUUGAAAAAGGGAUACAUAUGUUGGGUGAUUAUACAAAGUCGGAAGCAGGCGCAAUGAUUCUUGAAUGCUUAUAUCUUUUACAAAAUGAUGAUUUGAUAUUGAAAAAUUUGAUUUCGAAUAUUCCAUUAAACACAGAUAUCAAGCAAGCUGUUUACUCACCAGUCCACGGCUAUUUUGAAGCUAUGAGUUUGAUUUUAAAACGAAUGAACAAAUUUUCCGAUUGUGAACAAGUUAUACAGAUUGUGGAAAAGAAUUGGGAAACUGUGAGAGAAAUUUUAAGCCAUGACUCUCCUGAAGGCUGUGACCAAUAUGGUGUUGGUUCUGCUCAAUUAGUUCUGAGUUAUGCGUGGAGAGCAACAAAGGAGUCCACCAUAUUGCUACAGAGAUUAUUGGACUUUGAAUUAACCAAAUCUCAACUGCUCAGAGUUGGUGAAUUAGCGCUGGAUCAACUAUCAACUGUUCGUCAUAGAGGUGCAUUCUCUGCUGUUUAUCCUACAUUCAUCAAAGUUGCUUCAAUUUGUCAAAAAAUGGUGACUGACCAGUCCAAGAAAUGGCUAGAUUUUAAUAUUUCACUGAUUCAAACAAAGACUCAAUUGAUCACAAGAAGAUCAGGGGGAUUACCAUUUCUGAUAACUGCAAUUGUGACAGUGGAAAGAGACUUAUUAAGAUAUACCUUUGAUAGGCUAUUAGAGAUUGCAAGAGAACCAGUCGAUGAAAAAGCGGAAAGUGAGAAAAUGGAUAUAGCUCAAGUCCAUGCUUUCAAUUGCAUCAAAACACUUUUCAUUGAAUCUCAAUUAGCAACUUCAGUUGCUCCAUAUAUUUAUGAAGGUCUUGAACUAGCUCUGUCAACUUUUUCGUCCAAAAUUUGGUCUGUUAGAAAUUGUUCAAUAAUGUUAUUCACUGCUUUACAAAAUAGAUUAUUUGGGAGAAAGAAAAUGAGCGCAAGAGUGUUUUUUUCAAGGUUUAAAGGUAUUAGAGAAAUCUUGAUCAAAAUUUUGAAGAGUUCCAUUGCUGAAGGAAAUCUUGAAACUUUGUUCCCAGUGUUGACUAUACUAUCGAAACUAGAAGCAAAUCCAGGGUAUGAUGGUUUAGAUGAGUUUAAACCAUUGCUAAGAGUUUGUUUUGCUACCAAAUACUGGAAAAUUCGCGAAGCAGCUGCCCGUGCCAUGCCUGCAUUGAUAACAGAUCCAAAUCAAGAAGCUGUGUCACUAUUGGAGACAUGCAGUAUAAAGAACAAAAAUAAGAUGCAUGGUCAUUUACUAGCUAUCAAAUCCUUGAAUGUUUACUCUGAGGAACUAGUAAAACAAUUGUACCUAAGAUUUGAUGAAUUUUUUAUUCACAACAAAUGCUAUUCAACAAGUAUGAUUUACGUACAACUCUUAUCAGCUGCUUGCAAGGAGUUCCCAAAUGAGGAAAUUACUGAAAGAACACGAAUUUGGUUUUCGGAGAAUAAUAGCCAGUUUGAAAUCGACGGCUCCAGACAUUUAUUAAUGAAAGAAGUUUUCAAAUUUAUUUCAAGCAAUGAUGUUGAUUUGCUGAAUCAAGGUUUAAGGUCCCCAUUUUUUGAGGUUCAAUUGGAAGCCAUCGACUUUUGUGCCAAAUCAAAGGCUCAACUUCCAGCUCUUUCUGAAAUUGCUAACGAUGAUGACUGUUGGACUUAUGUUCGUUCAAAAGCUAUUCCAUUGGUUGAGGAUUAUUCUACGAACAAAAUAUUUGAAUUUGUUGAAAAACAAGAUGUGUAUGGUGAAGAUAUCAAAAGAUCAUCUUUGGAGUUACUAGGAAGUAUUGCAGCUAAAAGUCACAAUUGCCAGAUUUAUGAGUCUUGGUAUAAACUCGCUGUUAAAAAUGCAGAUGAUAACGAACCUUAUCAAAUUAGGUUGUCAGCAUUGAAAUCUGUUCUUAGAUUUUUAAAUGAACGUAAAACUUCAGAUGUCUUAUGGUUACUCUACAACUUUUUAUCAGAUGAUGACGAUGAAAUUAGAGAGUUAGCUUCAACGCAUUUUGGUGGAAACUCGGUUUCUUGGUAUGAUGGAGAUCAAUUUUCUCAAAAUUUUGGAAAAGAUGAACUUUCAGCACAUGUGGUUUUACAUCAGGCUUUAAAAUUUAACCCAUCUUUUAGUCCAACAAGUGGAAAUGAUAAAGUGUUGUUCAAUGUUGAAAAAGCCAAUUUUUAUAGAAACAAGUCUGAGCUUCACACACAAUUAGCGAGAAUGGUUCAAAACAGCAUAGAAUAUUUAGCAGAUCAUGAUACCAAAUUACUCAAAUCUCACUUUUCUGAAAUGAGUGAUAAAUUGGUAAAAUUUAUGAAGGAAAAAGGUUAUGAUGGCAUUUUGGGAUGGUCCACAGAAGAAGAGGUAUUUGAAGAUAUUUACGGUGUGAUUUCAUACUUGAAGGCCCUUAAUAUGGAUACUUCAAAUAUUUUACUUACUGCUAAGCAAGUCCAACUACAUGACUAUUUAAUAAAAUUAUUGUCAAACUAG